AUGAGUAGUCGGGUACUACUAGUGUCAAUUCUGGCAAGCAAGGCCCUCGCGAACUGUGCAUACGGCACUACACUUCAUCCCCGUGCCGAAGGCGAGGUGAAGGUUGGUAACUUUGGUUACAAUGGUGUCUAUGGACCAACAAACUGGCAAAAUCUGAAUGCGGCCAAUACCCAAUGCGCUCUGGGCACACGUCAAUCACCGAUCGAUAUGGUGGCUGGUGGGUUCCCCAAGAUUGCAGGCACAGCUAUCAACCUUCGGAUCCCAAACAUUGACGAGACCGACUUUGAAAAUUUGGGCACCACAGUGGAGGUAAUUGCCAACCAGGGCGGCACCAUGACCAUCCCCAGCGUGGGCGAUUUCAAAUUACAGCAGUUUCAUUUCCAUCUUCCAUCGGAGCAUCUUGACAACGGCACCAGCCAAGCCAUGGAGAUGCACAUGGUCUGGGAGGGAGUCACUGACCCCACGUCUGUCGCUGUCAUUUCCGCAUACAUAGGUCUUGUUGAUCAAAACAAUGGCGGUGAUUUGAGUGCUGGAACAUCCAAGGCCGCCAAUGUAGCCGGAGCCGUUCUUCCUGCACGAAAACGACAGAGUCACCGAAAUUCUGCUCGCGAUAACGCCAAUAUUCACUUUCGACACGAAGGCGCCAGCACUAAAGCAGAGGUACCCGCGACUGAGCAACCUGCAGCCACAUCAGCAUCUGGCGCAACGACUGCGUUGGAAACUGUGCUCAACACCGUUGACAAGAUAGCCACCCCUGGGACGUCAAUCAAGACACCAGCAGUGUCAAUGUCUGAGAUUGUCGACAUCUUGACUGCAGGCGAAUUUCAGCAAUACACGGGUUCAUUGACUACUCCCCCUUGCACUGAAGGCGUCAACUGGCUGGUAUCCACGCAGAAGCUGGCUAUUGAACCGGCAACUUUUGCCAAAGUCCGGGACGUCAUCGGUUUCAAUGCGCGCUUCCCUCAAAACAAGCUUGGUGAGACCAACUUGUUGCAGCUCAGCUCCCAGUCGUCGACGUAA